AUGAUAUGGAGUAAUACUAGUAACGAUGGAGAUGACAACACUGGAGGAAUAUAUAAAUGGACUAUGGACGCCCUCUUUGGCCGCCGCAUAUCCCCUUCCAGGCGAUUUAAGGAAGCUUCGCAGGACGACACAAACUACAAAUCAAAAAAGAGCCAUCGAGAUCCAAAAAAGUGGAAUGGUGCAGAAUACUCGACUAGGGCCCGAUCUAGUUCAGCGUCCACUGAGGGAGCUUUUUAUCAUCGUUACGAUUUACUGCAGGAUGAUGAUGAUCCAGAAAUUUUGAAACCCGUACAGCGCUCUGUUUGGAAGGACUCAGAUUCUUUUGGGCAAAGGCAUACACAAGUGAAGGGUUGGGACUUUCACAGUGAUGUUGGUGAGAAACCCUUGAAUUACGAAGAGUCAGACAGUAACGAUACUUUCUCAGGCCGUAAACAAAGACUGCAUGAUCGUGGGGAGAAGCUACCUCGGGACCUCGAUAACAAUAGUCUGAAAUUCCGCGUGCCAAACCACAAUGAUCCUCUGAUAUCCAAACUUUUCGGCAAAGAAACGUCUUCACCUCCCAAAGCACUACCGGGGAAAUUUCCUUCGCCGCUGAAGAAAGUUGCAGUAAAACCGCACACGUCUGCGAAGGAGCUCUCGUGCCCUAGUAAGGAUUUUACGGCCGAAUAUCUGCAACUUUUAGAGGACCUUGAUUUAAACGGUCAGAGGCUUAAACAGCUACAGUUAGGUAUUCAACACCAUCACGAUGAUCAACAAGCUCGUGAAUCCUCGUACCGCGAAAAGUACUUCACAAUGCGCAAAGAGCUGAUAUCUGAACUGAAGCAGUCCAAGCGGAUAUAUGAUAACUACUACAAGCUUUAUGAAAAAUACAAACGACUGCGAAUCUCUAAUACUAAUGCAACGCAAACCCAACGGCGGGUGCAUGACUUGGAGACACAAGUCGUUGACGCGUCCAUUGAAAGAGCUGAAGAGGUUCGCAAACUCAGCGAAACAAUUUUUCAGCUUGAGUUAAAACAGCAAGAAAUUCAAGCUGGACAUGAGCGCGAAAGGAUAAGAUAUCAAUCUCGGAUUGCAGAGCUCGAAAGCAUUCUCCGACCAAGGCUUUCAGAUUCUGCACAAACGUCAAAAGCACCAUAUCGUGCGCAUCUUGAACCUCAAUUAUACCCAACCAGCUUUACGUAG